AUGGAAAAAGAACUCAUUGAUAUUGCAGAUUAUUUCCAAAUGAAAAAAUAUGAUGAUGAUUUCAUCAAUUUCAUCACGUUUAGAAAACCGACCAUCCAAUCAUCCUCAAUGGAACCAUCCAGCAAAAAAAUAUUUAUUUUGAAUGAUGAUAGCACAGAUGAUGAAAAAUUGACCAUGUUCUACGAAACUACAAUGAAGGCUAAAAAAUUCAUCGAUGAUGCAAUGAAUAACUAUAUGAAGAACAAAAAAAAGAUUAAAAAUAAAAAUAAAAAUAAACUCAAGAAUAAAAAAAAUCUUUAUCCAAUAACAUUACUAUCAUCAAAGGAAUUCUUAGACACAAUCAUGUUACAAUUGAAAUCUUUAAAUAGAUUGGUAGAAAGAGAUUCUUCAUCAAAUUGGUUAAUCUUACCAUUAUUUAUCGUAGCUAAUCAAAUUUUCAAAAUUUUUUCACAAUUAAAAGAUCAAGUAACUCAUCCAAAUUUAAAAUUUAAUAUCAAUUCAAUACCAGAUUGUAAUAAAUUACCAAUUAAAACGAAAAUCGUUAAAGAAUUUUUGGAAGACUGUGCUCGUAAUAUUCAUAGAAGUUUUUCAUUAUGUUUAAAUGAUAAAAAUCCAAAUUUGAGAAAAAAUAAAAAAAUUGGUAUUAUUUUAUUCUCAAAUUUAGAAUUCAAAAUUUAUCAUAAAUUACAAAAUAAAGAUAUGAUUAAAAAUUUAAUUAAAGUUUUAAAUUCAAAUAAUGUUCUCACGCAACAACAACAACAACAAAAUGCCGUAAACAAUGCCGAUUUGACAACUUUUUAUAAAAGUCAUGUGGUAAUGUUUAAUUAUUUCAUGGGUCAAUAUUAUGGUUGUUAUGAAAGUGAUUUCAAUCUAGCUUGUAAUUAUUUAAAUAAUGCAUUAAUGGAAUGUCCUGAUCCAAAAAAAAUAAUAAUUACUAGCCCUAGCACGAUAAAUUCAAUAUGGCGAAGGUUAUUGAUCUUAUUAAUACCAUUUACAAUAUUAACAAGAAAAACUUACCCUAAUUUAGAUUAUAUCCUUAAUAAUAUCUUUAUUAAUAUUGAAGAUAAUCAUGCAAAGGAAAUAAAAGACAUUUUCCAUCCAAUAAUACAAUGUUUCAAAACUGGUAAUUUACAAAAAUUUGAUGAAACUUUUAAACAGAAUGAAUAUUUUUACUUGGAAAAUGGAAUUUACGUAGCAAUGACUUUAAUAAGAGAACUUGUCUUCUUAAAAUUGAUUAAAAAUUGUUAUAAGAUAUGGCUUACCAUAAAUGAUGGUAAGAAUAAUAAAUUCGUCAUUCCCUUACCCUUCCUAUUAAUAGGAUAUUUGAAAAGUCUAGGAGCACAACAAGAACUAAUACAACAAAUAGUCGUCGCAGAUGAUAAUGAUUCAGCGAGUGGCAGUCAUCAAGAACAACAACAAUCAUCAGCACACCCAAGAGGGCAAAGGGAAACACAGACAAGAUAUAAAAAUAAAAAGCAAUUGCCAAUGACCUCGAAAGAAACGAGGGAACUGAUCUUGGAUGAAAUUGAGUGCCAUUUGGCAAAUUUAAUAAGUAAAAAUUAUAUUAAGGGUUAUUUGUCCCAUGGUAAUCGUUGUUUAGUAAUAAGCAAAACUGUACCGUUUCCUAAAUUAGCCACAAAAAAUGGUUAG